CGCCAUUAAAACAGAUAAGAGAAGUUAGAGAUAACGUAGCUAAGCAAAAAAGCAGAGCUUACACUUAGAAAAAAAAAAAAAAAAUCUAAUGGCUACGCUUUCGUUCGGAAUCGCCGCCGCUGCAACCAACGUCCGUACAAUUCCGAGAUUUAAUACACGGAGGAGCAAAAUCUCCUGCGAAUGGGAUCCGAAAGGUGUGUUAGGUCCGCCGCAAACUGGUCAUAUCGCUAGGCUUGAGUUUAAGCGUAGGCUAGAGAGAGAUUCAGAGGCAAGAGAAGAUUUUCAGAAACAACUUCGUGAAGAGAAAGAGCGUCGUCAAGCUCUUAGACAAUCUAGAGUUGUACCGGAUACUGCGGCGGAGCUGAUUGAGUACUUUCUUGAUACUGAAGCUCAGGAGAUUGAGUAUGAGAUCGCUAGGCUUCGAGGAAGGUUAAACGACGAAUUCUUUGCACAGAUACGACUUGAAAUCGGGCAGAUUCGGUUUGCUGUUACUAAGACUGCGGACAUUGAAGAUAGAUUGAUUGAGCUUGAAACACUUCAAAAAGCUUUAGAAGAAGGAAUAGAGGCUUAUGACAAAAUGCAAAAUGAACUUAUGACGGCUACAAAUAGCUUAACCAAGAUCUUAACCUCAACCGAUAUAAAAACCACAUUGUUGGAUAUGGUGGAGAAAAACGAAAUCAACCGAUCUUUGUUGGCACUUCUCGACGAAAACAUAGCCAAUGCAUACAAAGGAAACCAGAAAGAAGCAGGAGAUUACAUGGAGAAGAUACGUUCUUCGGUUCUAAAGUACUUGACAGUGUAGGAUCACACGAGUCUUCGAAAGAUUUCUCAGGCUUUUGAAUGUUUUCUAUUAUCGGGUAAAAAUGUAUUUAUAUUUUUGUUUUGUUGAGUAAAAUGUAUUUCUUUCU